UACGCCACUCUGAGUUAUGUUUGGGGUUCUGGAAAGAGCGACGGUCUAGAGCCCCAUGGCAGACUUCCCUCAUCCCUGCCCCGAGUGAUCGAAGACGCGAAGACCGUUGCGGUAGCGCUUGGCUUCCAAUACCUUUGGGUAGAUCGUUAUUGCAUCCCUCAGCAUUGUGAGAAAGAUGCCCACGACCAGAUCCGCAACAUGAACCUCAUUUAUGCCCGGUCAUGCAUCACGAUCGUUGCUGCAGCAGGCCGAUGUCCGGACUACGGCUUACCUGGAGUGGGAAAGACAACGCGAAAAGUCUUUGACACUCUCCAAAUCGGAUCUCAUACCAUCAGAUGGAUGCCCACCAACGUCGAAUGGGUCGAGCAACAAAUCAAGAAUUCCAAGUGGAAUACGAGAGCUUGGACCUGUCAAGAGGCGGCUUUAUCGGCGAGGCGACUGUACUUCACCGACCACUUUGCCCUUCUGGAGAAUGGC